AUGAGCCGCAGUCCCUCCAAAGUUGAGCAGGCCCGGCCGGAGGAGAGGCGGGAGGUGGCGGUGGGGCCCGAGUCUGCCUUGGAGUUGGAGCCAAAACAGCAGGUCGGUGCCAGCGCCGGGUCCAAGGUCUCGGUGCCGGAUCUGAAACGGGAAUCGGUGUUGAGUCGGGCUUUGGAGCAGCUCCCAGCGCGCGGACUGCUGCUAGACCCACCAGCGCAGCCGUCACAGCCACCGCAGCUGUCGCCGUCAUCAGAGCCACAGGCGAAGCCGUCCCAGCUGUCGCAGAUGUCAGGGGCGCAGGCGAAGCCAUCGCAGCUGUCACAGCCGUCAGAGUCACCCGCGCAGUUGUCGCAGCCAUCAGAGCCCCAGGCACAGCCCUCCCAGCUGGAGCAGCCCUCCCACCCACCGGCGCAGCCGUCGCAGACAGAGGCGCAGCCGUCGCAGCCCGCAGAGAGGAGCGUGUCACCCCUGCCCAGGCUGGAGGUCCGGCGCCGCAGGGGCCCCGGGCCGAGCGCCAGCCGCUGCCACACGGACUGCCUGGAGGCGCCGCUGUCCCGCGCCUUCGGACGGCUGGGCUGGGUGGUGGGCGCGCACCCCUGGAUCUUCCUGCUGUUGCCCAUGCUGCUGACGGCCGCGCUCGGCACCGGCUUGUUCUACCUGCCGGUGGGGAAAGACGAAGAUCUGGAGGAGCAGUACACGCCGAUUGGGGGCCCGGCCAAGGCCGAGCGGCGCUUUGUGCAGGGACAUUUCACCACCAACGACUCAUACCGCUUCUCUCCCUCCAGAAUAAGCGCCGAGGCCAAUUUCGCUUCCGUUCUGGUGGUCUCCAACUCGGACACGCUGCUGGAACAAGACAUCUUUGAAGAAGUGGCGAGGCUGGACAAGCAGGUGCGGUCUGUGCGCGUGCAGGUGAACGGGAGCUCGAGCCUGUACACGGAUGUGUGCGCCAAGUACAAGAACAUGUGCGUGCCCUCCAACCCGCUCCUCUACGCCUGGCAGAAGGACAAGGCGCUCAACCUGACAGCUGUCACCUUCCCCGGCUACGACCACGAAGGCCACCCCGUCUACCUGACCGGCUUCUUCGGAGGAAACGAGCUGGGGAGGAAGAUCGGCAAGAACCAAGUGCUGGAGGAGACCAAGGCCAUGCGGCUGCUGUACUUCCUCAAGACCGAGCUGCCGGAGGACCGGCUGAGGAGCAGGGAAUGGCUGACUCAUUUCCUGGACCAAUUUAACAAGAUAAAGAAAAAUCUGGACUUGAAGAAGACCCAGGUGGUCCACUUUACAUCACUUUCUAGACAACUGGAAUUUCAGGCAACUUCUAGGACAGUGAUCCCUUUGUUUCACUUGGCAUACGUUCUAAUCAUACUAUUUGCAAUCACAUCAUGCUUCAGGUUUGACUGUGUUCGAAACAAAAUGUGGACUGCAACCUUUGGAGUGAUUUCUACUUUCUUGGCAGUGGUGAGUGGCUUUGGCCUGCUGCUGCACAUGGGGGUGCCAUUUGUGAUCAUAGUUGCAAAUUCACCAUUUCUUAUUCUAGGUGUUGGAGUCGAUGACAUGUUUAUCAUGAUUUCUGCCUGGCAGAAGACCAACCUCGUGGAAACCAUACGAGAGCGUAUGUCCAAUGUCUACUCAAAGGUGGCAGUGUCCAUUACAAUCACCACACUCACCAACGUCCUGGCCUUCUAUACAGGGGUUAUGAGCUCUUUCAGGUCCGUACAAUACUUCUGCAUCUAUACAGGAACAACCCUGUUAUUUUGUUAUUUUUAUAACAUCACCUGUUUUGGAGCAUUUAUGGCCCUGGAUGGUAAAAGAGAAGAAGUCUGCCUACGCUGGUUGAAAAAGUCAGUGACUCCUGACCAAAAAUAUUCCUUAUUAAAAAAGUUCUGUUUCCCAUUUGGUUCUUUUGUAGAUGAAGAUGGAACUGACGUCCAUCCAAUGAAUUUGUUCUUUAGAGACUAUUUUGGCCCUUUUCUCACAACCACUGAGUCCAAGUUUUUUGUAGUGCUGAUAUACAUUUUGUACAUCUCAGGUAGUAUAUAUGGGUGUUUCCAAGUGCAGGAAGGUUUAGACCUUCGAAAUCUGGCAAGUGACGAUUCCUACAUCACACCGUAUUUUAAUGUAGAGGAACAAUAUUUUUCAGACUAUGGUCCCAGGGUUAUGGUUGUCGUUACUAAAAGUGUUAACUACUGGGAUGAAGAUGUUAGGCAAAAAUUGGAAAAAUGCAUAAGAAAUUUUGAAAACAAUGACUAUAUAGAUAGACAUCUUACAGAGUUUUGGUUAAAUGCAUAUGUGCAAUACUUAAAAGGUAACGGACAAGAUCCUAAUGAUAAGAAUGCUUUUAUAAAUGGUAUUUCUGGUUUUUUACAAUCUUUUCCAGGUUUUAAAUAUGAUAUUAAGAUUUCACCAUCAAAUGAAAUCAUUUCUUCCCGGGGCUUCAUUCAGACUAUGCAUGUUUCUUCCUCAAACAAUAAGAAGAUGAUGUUAGCCCAAAUACGAAGCAUAGCUGAAAAGUGUGAAGUUCCCCUAAUAGUGUAUAACCAUGCAUUCAUAUAUUUUGAUCAGUAUGCUGCAAUAGUAGAAAACACUAUUCGAAAUGUCAUGGUUGCAUCAGCAGCUAUGUUCAUUGUUUCCUUACUGUUAAUUCCUCAUCCAAUGUGUUCCUUGUGGGUAACUUUUGCUAUUGCUUCUGUGAUUGUGGGAGUAACAGGUUUCAUGGCAUUCUGGAAUGUCAAUCUUGAUUCCAUAUCCAUGAUUAAUCUUGUCAUUUGUAUAGGGUUUUCUUUUGAUUUUUCUGCACACAUUUCCUAUGCAUUUGUUUCCAGUACCCAGCCCACAGUAAACGAAAAAUCAAUUGAGGCAUUAUACCUGCUAGGCUACCCAGUGUUACAAAGUGCAGUUUCAACAAUAAUAGGGGUAUGUGUUUUAUCUGCAGCUAAAGCAUACAUCUUCAGGACAUUUUUUAAGAUUAUGUUUCUUGUUAUGGUAUUUGGGGCUGCUCAUGGCCUAAUUUUUAUUCCAGUAUUCUUAACCUUUUUUUGAAGGUUUGUUGCAUAUACACAACAAAUCAAAGACCAAUUAUAGAAUUUCUGAUUGCCCCAAUCCAAUCUGAUAAAAAAAAAUGCACAUUAAGAAUAGUCAAUAAACU